UUAGCGAAGGUGUUCCUGUUUUUCUCAUGUGAUUAAUUUGCGGAAGCAUCAUGUGAUAUCGGUAAACUAUUUUAGAUGCAAAACUCAACUGAACGCAGCUUUCGGUUACCUGACUUCGUAGGAGUUAUGUCUUCUUCAAAGUUAGCCCUCGUUUCUGUCGCACUUCUCCUGAUGAUUACUGUAUGCAGUUGUAAAUAUGAGCCUACCUGGGAAUCCAUCGACUCCCGACCUUUGCCAGAGUGGUAUGACCAGGCCAAGUUCGGAAUAUUCAUUCACUGGGGAGUGUUUUCUGUUCCAAGCUUUGGUAGCGAGUGGUUCUGGUGGUUUUGGCAGAAGCAGAAGAUAAAGUCCUAUGUUGACUUCAUGCAGAAUAACUAUCCUCCAGACUUCAAGUAUCAAGACUUUGCACCACAGUUUACAGCUGAGUUCUUUGAUCCCAAAGAAUGGACUGACAUCUUUGCCUCAUCCGGGGCAAAAUAUAUUGUCCUCACCACGAAACACCAUGAAGGCUUCACUCUGUGGGGUUCGGAGAACUCCUGGAACUGGAACGCAGUGGACGUGGGUCCAAAACGUGACCUUGUCGGAGAAAUGGCUGGAGCACUCCGAGCCAACAGCGACCUGCGUCUGGGACUGUACCACUCUCUGUUUGAGUGGUUUAACCCGCUUUACGAGCAGGACGCUGCCAACCUGUACACUACCAACCUCUUCCCCACAACUAAGACGCUGCCCGAGCUCUAUGAGAUCAUCAACAAGUACAAGCCGGAGCUGCUGUGGUCCGAUGGAGAUGGGGAUGCUCCUGAUAAAUACUGGAACAGCACCGGAUUCCUGGCUUGGCUAUACAACGAGAGCCCAGUGCGAGAGACCGUGGUGACCAAUGAUCGUUGGGGCUACGGCAGCAUCUGUACCCAUGGAGGCUACUACACCUGCGAUGAUCGCUACCAGCCCGGACACCUGCUCAAACACAAAUGGGAGAACUGCUUUUCGAUAGACAAAGGUUCCUGGGGUUACAGGAGAAAUGCCCAGCUUAAAGACUACUUCACUAUCGAGCAGCUUGUGGCGACAUUGGUGGAGACCGUGUCCUGUGGAGGGAAUCUGCUGCUGAACGUCGGACCUACACAUGACGGACGCAUCGCCCCCAUCUUUGAGGAGCGUCUGAGGCAGAUGGGUCAGUGGCUGGGGGUCAAUGGAGAGGCCAUCUACAACACCACUGCAUGGAGGGCCCAGAACGACAGCAUCAUACCUGGCAUCUGGUACACUGCUAAACCACAGGGCAAGGCCAUCUAUGCAAUUCUCCUGGACUGGCCUCCAAGCGGAUAUGUUGUUCUGAAUGAACCUAUUGUUUCUACAGGAAAGACUCAGGUGGUGCUGCUUGGUCACAAGCCACUGUACUGGGAGCCGGUGAAGCCUCGUGGUCUGAAGGUGUUUCUGCCUCAACUGUCUUACAGUCAGAUGCCAUGUCACUGGGCCUGGACCCUACGCCUGACCGGUGCCGCAUAGGAAAGAAUGCAGGGUUGUGUUUAUUAGCAAACAAAAUGAAAACAAAAACAAGUGCUUCUUAUUGAACAAGUUCAGAUAGUUUGUCAUUUUUUCUUCUGUUUUGUGCCUACUGAAUAUGACCUGGUUUUAAGCAGACUAGCUGUUUUUUCUCGCUUCUCAACUGAGUGCGUUUGUUUUGCAUUGCCUGGUGAGUUUGCACAUUUUAGACCAUUCCAAUGGUCCAGAAGUGAAACCUCCACCCACCUGGGGCACCGGUCAAUUCGAAUGAGCACACCCAGUUUAUAUAAUUGUGAGGAAGUAAAAUAGCUUGCAGAUCAUGUGCCACUCCUUCACAGAAGGGCUAUCUAUACCUUUGCUUAGACCAUGGUAUCAACCAUUGGUCUAAAAUGGCUAGCUGCUAGCUUUUAUCAUAGGCCAACCCAACCUAGCCAAUUGGCCAUUUUAGACCGAUUGUUUAAACCAUGGUGUAACCAAAAGGUCAAUGGCCCCAGAGUUUUGUUUUUAAGUGUGUGGGGAGGACCUUUCUUUGUGGAGAACUGAUGGUAAUUCUAAAACUUAGAGGCCAGUAUGGAACCUGAAUGUACACAAUUGUUUCAUGUUUUUUUUAAACAUUUUAGUUAAUUAAGAAGACUAAUGAAAUUUAUUUUAAAUUACUUGAAUAAUUCUUGUGAUUGGUGUUUCAUAAUGAUUUUUGCACUUUUUCUAUAAGGGAUUGAUACUGUAUGCACUGAAAUUGAACAUGUGAAUUUCAAAGGCUUUUAUCAGAUUUGUAUAUUGUUUUCAGGAUUGUGACUGACCAUCACAGCAACUUUUUAAACUAAUGCCAAUCCAUAUGUAAUGUUUAUUAGGAAGUGAAUACAUUUGAUACGUUUUAAUUGUUGUACGGCUUUACAAAUUACAUACAUUGAAUUGAAUAAACCUUUAACUGUUAUAAAAUA